GAUCGUCAUAUUCAUGGCGGUGAACAUAGCCAUAUUAUCAACACCCAUUAUAGCUUCUCAAGCCUUACCCGGCUGUGACGAAUGGUGCGGCGACUUACGAAUCCCAUAUCCAUUCGGCAUGAAAGAAGAGUGUUAUCUCAACAAAACUUUCUCCAUUAACUGCAAGAAACCCAACAACAACAAUAACGAACCCCCAACCGCGUUCCUAAUGGACACCAACAUCAGCGUCACCAAAAUAGCAAUCUCCGGCGAGCUCCACGUCAUGCAGCCCAUAGUACGAGAUUGCUACAAUGUUCCAACACACCAUAAUGAUUCCUCUGUCCCGAACAUAACGUCUCUCUCGGCGCCGGCAAUUUUCCCGGUUGCCGCCGCAAAAAACAAGUUCGUCACCGUCGGCUGCAACACCUUAGGCUUAAUCGGCGGCGAGCUCAAUGGGAGCGAAUAUGUAAGUGGGUGUGUUUCCGUGUGUUUGAACGAAAGUGCUAUUGUUAAUGGGUCCUGCUCUGGCUCUGGGUGCUGUCAGUUGGAGAUUCCAAAAGGGUUGAGGAAUUUGUCUUUGGCUAUGUACAGUAUCCCAUUGAAUUAUACUUUGGAUUUCAAUCCCUGUGGGUAUGCUUUUGUGACUGAAGAUGAGGGGUUCGAGUUUUCGUCCAAGUAUAUUACAAAUUUUGGAGAUGAGGAAGUUGGGGUUGUGCUUGAUUGGGGCAUCACAAACCAAACAAAUUAUCAUCAGUGUGGACAAAAUAGCACGAGGAAUAGUAGCUUCUCCGAUGAUGGAUCUCAAUAUCGUUGUGAGUGCUUCAAAGGUUUCGAUGGGAAUCCAUAUCUCCCUCAAGGUUGUCAAGACAUAGAUGAAUGCAAGAAUGAUACGCAUGACUGCAAAUAUGAGUGUGUUAACACAGAAGGAAACUAUACCUGCAAUUGUCCAAAGGAUUUUAAAGGAGAUGGGAGACGUGGGGGAGAAGGUUGCACCCCAAACUCCAAGUCCUACAUUCACAUCAUCCUCGGAGUUGGCGUGGGGUUCACAGUUUUGCUGAUUGUCAGUUCAAGAUUCUACUUGGGCUACAGAAAGUGGAAAUUCCUCAAAUUGAAAGAGGAGUUUUUCGAGAAAAAUGGAGGCUUGAUGCUCCAACAUCAUCUUUCUCAGUGGCAAUCAUCCGCCGACAUGGUCAGAAUCUUCACCCAAGAGGAGCUGGAGAAGGCCACGAACAAGUACGAUGAGAGCGCAGUGGUCGGAAAAGGCGGAUACGGCACCGUUUACAAAGGAGUGCUGGAGGAUGGUUUGGUAGUUGCAAUAAAGAAAUCGAAAUUAGUGGACCAAUCCCAAACUUCCCAAUUCAUCAACGAAGUGAUGGUUCUGUCCCAAAUCAACCACCGCAACGUGGUCAAGCUCUUGGGCUGCUGUUUGGAGACCCAAGUUCCAUUAUUGGUCUACGAGUUCAUCACCAACGGCACACUUUACGACCACAUCCAUGACAAAGACAAUCACAAUUCUCUUCCAUGGGAAGCCCGCUUGAGAAUUGCUUCGGAAACUGCGGGGGUAAUUUCGUAUUUGCAUUCCUCAGCCUCCACUCCAAUCAUCCACAGAGACAUCAAGACCACCAACAUACUAUUAGACCAAAACUACACUGCCAAAGUCUCUGAUUUCGGUGCUUCCAAGUUGGUCCCAUUGGAUCAAACUCAGCUGUCCACGAUGGUGCAAGGGACUCUCGGGUAUCUGGACCCGGAGUACYUGUUGACRAGYGAGUUGACGGAGAAGAGCGACGUGUACAGCUUUGGAAUAGUGCUGAUGGAGCUCAUAACGGGGAAGAAGGCGGUAAGUUUCAAGGGGCCGGAAGCGGAGAGGAAUCUGGCGAUGUACGUGCUGAGUGCAAUGAAGGAGGAUCGUUUGGAAGAAGUUGUGGAGAAGGAAAUGGCGAGGGAGGGGACGUUGGAGCAGAUAAAAGAAGUGGCAAAGGUAGCAAAAGAGUGUUUGAGAGUAAGGGGGGAGGAGAGGCCGAGCAUGAAGGAAGUAGCCAUGGAGUUGGAGGGAUUGAGAGUUUUGCAAGUUGAGCAUUCGUGGGUUAAUGAUAAGAAUUCAUCAAACGCAGAAGAGAUGGCAUGUUUGCUAGAUGGAGAUAUAGAAUUGAGCCAAUAUGUUGUGAGUGACAGUAUAAAUACUGUGGGCGAUAGCAUAAAGGCUCAGAUUGUGUCACAGAUUCACGAUGGCAGAUGAUCAUUCAUUAUGCUUCCCCAUAUGAAAAUAUGGUUCUUCAAGCAUCUAUUUUUA